UGACUGAAGUUCAAAGUUCAAACCAUCUUUACCAGCUUUUUUCUCCAAUAUAUUCUGCGAUCUAUUCUUCCUCUUUAGACCAUUUCCCCUUCACCUUCCCAACCGUAAUCUAGGGGAAAUUGUUGGAUCAAACUUCCAUAUUCAUAUAUAUUGCGUAUAGAGAUUCUUAUCCUCUUUCAUGGCUUCCUUACGUCUCUUAUUUUCUUCCCUUCUAUUCACCAUCUUCUGUCUGCAACUGCUUUUCCUUUCCCCAACCCUUUCCACCUCCAGGCGCGUGCUGCACAAUCAUGUCACUGACCAGAAUGAAGCCGCGUUUAGGGUGGCCCUCACACAUGUUGAUUCCGGGAAAAAUAUGACGAAGUUUGAGCGCUUACAACUCGGUGUAAAGAGAGGUAACCUCCGGUUAGAAAGACUCAUCAAUAACAUGAUGGCUAGUUUAUCGGUUGAGUCAAGUUCACAAGUAACGUCACCCGUUCAUGCUGGAAAUGGAGAAUUCUUGAUGAAUUUGGCCAUCGGAACUCCCCCAGAAACGUACUCUGCCAUUAUGGAUACUGGUAGUGACCUCAUUUGGACACAAUGUAAGCCAUGCACCAAAUGUUUUGAUGCACCAACACCCGUUUUUGAUCCGAAGAAGUCAUCGUCAUUCUCUAAGGUGUCAUGUUCGAAUAGUUUAUGCAAGGCGUUACCAACUUCGGAUUGUGGAUCAGAUGGCUGUGAGUACUUGUAUUCUUACGGGGAUUACUCGUCGACGCAAGGGAUUUUAGCAACAGAGACGUUUAUGUUCGAUAAGGUGUCCGUGCCGUCGGUCGGGUUUGGUUGUGGAGAAGACAACGAAGGUAAUGGGUUCAAUCAAGGUGCUGGGUUAGUAGGGUUAGGGAGGGGACCUUUGUCUUUAGUUUCACAGCUCAAAAAGUCAACAUUUUCUUAUUGUUUAACCUCCAUUAAUGAUGAUACAUCAUCAGGAAACCCAUCAAGUACUCUCGUAAUGGGAUCUUUAGAAAGCCAAAUAGCAAAUGAUAGCGUUUUCACCACUCCAUUGAUUAAAAACCCAUCACAACCAUCCUUUUACUACCUUUCACUCCAAGGUAUUUCUGUCGGAAACGUUGAUUUGCCUAUCAAGAAAUCGACUUUCGCAAUCAAUUCAGAUGGGACCGGUGGGGUCAUCAUCGAUUCGGGUACAACCAUUACGUAUCUUGAAGAAUCUGCUUUUAAUAUGGUGAAGAAAGAGUUUGUUUCACAAACGAACCUGAAUGUAGAUAACUCGGGUUCGACUGGUUUGGAUUUGUGUUUUGAGUUACCUUCAGAUGAUGGCUCAGGGGAGAUGUCGAUCGAGAUUCCGAAGCUAGUGUUUCAUUUUGAUGGUGCGAGUUUGGAUUUGCCAGGGGAGAAUUACAUGAUCGGAGAUACAAAUGCUGGAGUAGCGUGUUUGGCGAUGGGGGGUUCAAGUGGGAUUUCGAUAUUUGGAAAUAUUCAACAGCAGAAUAUGAUGGUGGUUCAUGAUCUCGAGAAGGAGACCUUGUCAUUCAUUCCAACUAAAUGCGAUCAGCUGUAGGUUUUGGUUAGAUCGGUAUGCUGCAUGUUCUACAAUCAUGUUUUAUGGGUUUUCAAUAUGUUAAUGUUUUUAGAUUUAUGAUUUGAAAAAACCAACAUUUGCUUACAAAAUGAUCUUCUACGAACAUCAUUUUGCAGUUCAAAUAUACAUGUGAGUUUCAUGCUUUUUUUAA